CGUACUCGCGAUCACUUGGGCCGGAGAAAAGCCUGCGAUUCUGCUCUGCAACAAAACGAAACUGCGUCGCGUUCGCAGUUGCCAACAAUAAAAUAUUAAAAAAAUAAAGUCAAAAACAAACGAACUGGCCAGCGCCCAUCUGCCAAAGAGGAUAUAUCGUACGAUCCUCCCUGCCAAUACCAUAUAAAGUUAAAACAACCAACGACCAUCGGCACGUCCAUUCAACCGUUCAGCGAAACCCACGCAAAACGACACAAAAUCUGAAACACAAAUCGUGAUAAAUUUUCGCUAAAUUGUGCAAACGUUUUUCGACUAAUUAAAAUUUGACGUGCAUUCCAAAACUCCAACUUCGACCGCCUUUGGAGCGAAUAAUAUAAAUUGCAAAUAAGUAAAUUUUCGCGACGACACUUGGCAAGUGAAAUAAUAACAACCAACGGGGAACAAAAGCCGCAAAUACGAACCCACAUCAAAUACAAAAUAAACGUAAUUAGAACUGCGCAAAUUACUUAGAACUGCAAAAACGUUUGUUCUCCCCCACACUAACGCACGAGGAAUGCUGUUUUGAGCUGAAAACCAUUUAAAUUGCCAAGCUUAAAUGGAAAAUGCGCAGAGUUCAAACAGUUCAAACAAAUGAGACUGUCACACAAAGAGUUUACUUAGGGUUGCGAUUCUUCCGAGCGAAGACCCGACAGGAGAGAGAAAAGCCAAGACAGAGCCAGAGGAAGCAGCCACAAAAGCAGCCCAAGAGCAGGAUAUAUCCCUGAGAUCCCAUCCCUGAGCUAAGAUGCAAACUGGAGCCGCAAAUGGAGGACCGCGGGUCAGCUUUAAUCGGGAUGUGCACGUGAAGCGGAUAGGCAAGCGUCCCAGUGAGUACGAGCCGGGUAGCCAGCCGAGCUACCACCAACUGCCCAAGGACAUCGAUCCCGCGGACAUCCGCAAGGAGGCUGCCCUGGUGAUCGCCCAGGCGGGCCGGCACCACAGCAAGGCCGAGAACGGCGACCACAUCCCCAGCUUCCGGGCCAAGCAGCGGCGCCAGAGCCAGCCCAGCGACUUCCACUCCCUGCCCACGCGGCGCAGGAAGGGCAAGCCGGUGGCCAGGAGCGCCAGCGACGCCUCCACCAAGAAGCCGACGAGCAAGCGCCCCUCGAUCUUCGGCCUCUUCAGCCGCAGGAGCGACUCGAAUGUCAGCCAGCUGGACAGGGAUCCGCGAUUCGAGGACGGCGGCGCCCGGCGUCUAGUGCGCAGCAAGAGUGAUGUGGGCAGCAGCAAGCUAGCCAGGAACAGGAAAGCGGAAGACAAGGCCCCAGCCGGCAGCAGCCAGUCCAAGCAGCAGCUGAGUCCCAUCAUCGAGCAGGCGCAGCGGGAGGACUUCUUCGAGAGGGACUACUUCCGGGAACGGGAGCGCCGCAAGUCAGACGCCGUCACGCCCCGCGAAAAGGAUGAGAGCGGGCGCGGCCUGAGCGAAUUGCUGGCCCGCAGUCGCUCCCAGGCGGAGCUAGACGGACCGCUCCUCUUGUCGGGCGGUCCUUCCAUUUCGGCGGGCAUCCGCGACCGGAUCGAGACGCUGCAGGCCAAGUCCGGCGAGAACAUGCACAGCUCCCAGCAGCCGGCGGAGCGUCUGCCGCUGACCAAGGGCCGCACCGUGGACGGCCUGGUCAAGCGGCUCUCCAUGGAGCGCUUCUCCCCCCAGCCGGCGAUCAGCCAGCCGGCCUUCUCCUACAUCAGGCCCAACGAGGGCAUCACCUACGCCCAGCUGGACCUGGGCGAGGAUCAGGUCCGGCGGUCGCCGCUGGACCGGGAUGUGCGCACCCCCCAAAGGGAGUUCGCCCCGGCCCGUCCGCCGCGGGCCAGCGAUGUGAGGCCCAGCUACUCGCCCACGUCCAACGGCGCUCCGCUGGCCCACAGGCCCAGCCACUCGCCCUCGCCCUGGCAGCAGCUGAGUCCUCGCAACCUGAGCGACGAGGACGAGGGACUGGGCUACGAGCCCAGGAAGGUCUACUACGAGGAGGAGUUCCCGCGCCGCGGCACAGAGCCGCCCAUCGUGCCGGUCAUCAGGAGCGUCAGUCCCUCGCCCUACCUCGAUGAGCUGGGCUACAGGAGGGCCCAGCUGGAAACGCGCAUCCUGACGCGUCGCUUCGGGGAGGGAGCCACCCUCGAGCGGCAUCGGGAGGUGGACCGCAACCGGGAGGCGGCCAGACCCACCCCCGAGCGGGACCCGGAGCGCUUCCAUCGUCCUGUGCGCCAGGAGCUGUCGCACGAGUAUCCGCCGGAGCGAUCCCAGGUGGACAGUGGCGCCACGCUGCCCCGCAUGGAGAAGACCUCCCGCUACCGGCACACCAAGUACUACGACGACGGGCACGGCGGGGUGAAGGAGACCUACGUGCGGGAGACCCAGCGGGAUGGCCAGGUGCGGGAGUCGCGGCAUCGCGAGCGCAUCGGGGAACGGGAGCGCGACUACAACUCGGCGGAUCGGCUGGAGCAGGAGCCCAAGAGCCUGGACUCGCAGCUGACGGACCAGUACCGCUCCUCGCCAGAACUGCGGGCCCAACAGACGCAGCAGCGCGAACAGCGGGAUCAUCGGGAGGAAUACUGGCAGAGCAGCCUGAAGCGGGACAAACUGCAGCAGCGGAGCUUUGACAAGGGCGACUCCGGGAUCGAAAACGACUUCCGGAAAGAGUCCUUCAAUGGAGACUUGACCACGAGAUGGCGCAAGCGCACAGCCCUCGACGACAUGAGGGCCUGCGAGUCCUUUCUGCGUAAGGAGCGGCGGGACAGCGCCCAGCAGCGGCAGUUGCAGAGGCAGGCGGUGCCGUCGCGCCUCCGCCACGAGCACAGCUACGUUUACAGGGAACGAUCCAUCGACGACGGCUCGCACUUUGAUCCGCACCUGGACAAGUACCCGGUGGCCACCAGCACUCUGCGUCGCCGGGAGCAGCACUCCCAGUCACAGACCCCGUCCCAGACCCAAAAGGGCGAGGACUCGAGCACCCUGAAGCGGAACAAGAAGCUGGGUGGCUUCGAGAAGGUCAAACAGCUGUUCACGGGCGCCGGCGGAAGCGGCAGCAACGGGGGCAGCGGGCGCAGCAGCGGCAGCAACGUGUCCAGUGGCAAGAAGGACCGGAUGAGCAACGGGAACAGCAGCACCCUCAGUCGCCGCGACAAGGACAAGGAGCGGGAGAAGGAGAAGGAACGGGAGAGGGAGAGGGAGCGCUACAUGGUCAGAGAGGAGGAGAUGCGGUCGCGGUACCGCGAGCAUCACAACUCCGCCCAGGAGACCUCACGCGAACCAAAGACUAUCGAUAUCUCGAUGCGACGCCGACUGUCCACGCCCAAAGCUAGUCCCCUGCUGGUGAAGCGCAGUCCGGCGGACAAGCCGCCCAAGAAGCAGCCAAAGGCGAAGGAGUCGCCGCCCGCGAAGGUCGAGAAGACGAGCUGGUUCAGAUCGCUGGACCGCCGGGCCAAGAGCAGUCCCAAGGAGCUCAAUGUAUCUGUCAAUGGACACAGUGAGACCACCUCCAGUCUGAAGCGGACCAAACGCAAUCCGACAGCUGCCCCAGCCAAGAAUCUGCGCUUCUUUGGCGACACCGACCUGGACUCAAAUCCGCCGACCAUUUCCAAGGCCACCAGCCUUCCCAGGAGUCGUCCGUCGCUGGGUCAGUCGAAGCACUCGCAGAGUGCCUACCACCUGGACCGGAGUCCUCCUCCUCCGGCCCAUGACUACCGCCACUCGCUCGCUGGACAGGCGCAGGUCCAGAGCCAGAGCAACGGCAGUCGCCAGCGGGCCAGCUCCAUGCAGCAUCUGGACAACGGCAGCGACGAGGUGGACUUCCGCAAGAGGCGCCACUACUCGCGCUCCCGCGAGCUGCACGACAUCUCGGAGAGCGGCUCGGAGCCGGAGCCGGCGGAGCGGCACAAGCGGAGCAGCACGGCGGGACAGCGGGCCAUGUCGCUGGAGCGGACGGUGGACGGACCGCGUGGCCAGCGGAUCGAGGAUCGUCCACUGCUGGGACCACCAAAGCCGGCCAGGAGUGCCGAGCGCCGCGGGCUGCUCAACAGCUUGGGCCAGGAGAAUGUGGGCUACGGCAGGGAUCGCUAUCCGGCGGAGAGCUCCGGCACCGAGGGCGAGUCCAGCCUGCACAGCCAGCGCAGCGUGGUCUAUCUGCACGCCACCACGGUGGGCGACAUCCCACAGCCAUACAACCUGCGGCGGCGGUCCAUGUCGCGCGACGACCUUCGCAAGGGCAAGCAGCAGGCGCCCCAGCAGCCGCCGCCCCUCCAGCCCAUGACCCGCACCGUCUCCAGGUCCGUCUCCAUGCUGGCCCCCUGGAAGCCCAAGCACAUCAGCGAGGGCUACGAGAUCAACUACUCGCAGGAGCAGAACAAGCGGAUGUCCACACUGCCGCGAAAGCCACCGCCGCACAAUGGAGCCACCAGUGCCAGCACUUUGAGUCGACUGGGCCGCAAGAACGAGUCCUCCACGUCGACGAGACGCCACCACAUGGACAACCUGGAGCGCCCGCCACCCCCGCGGUCGGUGCUCUCCGCAUCGAAUUUACGCAGCGCCAGGACGAAGUGAAAGGACGACCAUGACGCCUCCACCAGGUGCUGCUCCACUGUGGAGGUCCCGAACCCAACCACACCUAGUUACUAGUUGUAAUCAUUAAUGCGAACUCGAAACGUAAUUCUAAUCAAUUCAAUCGACGGAGGAGGAGGAGGAUUGGCAUCCUGCUGAGAUGCGAUGUCCUCGCUUAGUUGCGUAGGAUUCUUUAACCUUUGUUGCAAUUCUCGUCAUAUUUUAAAUGUGAAAUGUAUUCGUACUCCAGUAAUAAUUAUAAAUUAAUAAAAUAUCAGACUUUAACUUAU